CAAACUCGGGUCCGAGGUCAGUGUAUACAAGUGUUUCAGUGUAUUUGGAGGGUCAUAUUUCUGUACCUAUGUAUGUCUGGUAUCUGUAAAAAAUGGUGUCUUUUUUUGAAAAAUAAAGUUGAGCAAUAUAUAGUCUUAUAUGUAUAGUUUCAUUUGAAACUUUAUUGACAAUUUAUUUUAAAUUAUAAUCAGAUCUCCAUUGACCAAUGCUGCAAGCUGUGGCCACAAACGAUCCUGUAGUUCAGGAUGCUGCAAAUCAUGCUGUGAAGACCAUACAACAGAGAUCCAAUUCCCUGCUGCCUUACGAACUUAAAGAAAUCGUUCAUACCAACGCCGAAGUAUCGGAAGAUUUCGCGAAACCCAACAUGCUUCUCAAGUUGAAGAGACGAGACAAGGAAGAGAAGUACAAGGUGGAGGUACACCAUAAGAACGAAGGGACGUACCAUCUGAACCACAUGGAGCAAAAUCACUCUUGAAUGCUAAUGGUAUGGUAAAUUGUUAGAGUUUGAAUCUAA